GUACUAGCACUAGAUAGUGCACGGUCUCUUUGAUAACAAUAUGUAAUCGGAGACAAAAUCAAUUAACACACCAGAAAUGCUCUCUAACAGAACAUUUGUUAUCAGCCUGUCACCAUGACGUAUGUCUACCUAUGACCCCUCCCCUGACGUCAUCACGUCCAGACAGUUGAAGUUCCAGUGGCGCAGCAGAUCACGUGACAACAACGUGUCCGUGUCCCUAGCUUAUUACCAAUCUAUAAGGCGUUUGGAUAUUUCCUUGCUGUUGUCAACAACUUAUGAUCAGAUGAUAUAGCAGAAGGGUUCGUUGGCCGACGUUGUUUAGGCCAAAUACGACUAGGAGGUCCAGUUCCAUUCUUCUUGGCGCUUCUUCCGAACGAGAUUUUCCGGAUUGGUAACACAUUAGGCGAGACGACAACAUGGAAGAAGUCGUCCCACUGAAAGAAGAGGACCUGUUCCCCUGCCCGUUCUAUGACCGAAGGUGGGUGCAGAUCCUCCGCCUGGUGGCGCUGCCGCUCACACUGUACCUGUCUGACAUCAUCAGUGACGUACUACUGGCGGUGCAGUACUACAGCAGCGGGGAGACCGUCUGGUCCUCCUGGACAGUAGGAGUUGUCUUCUCGUCCUUCAUAAUCAUGAACGUGUCCUCCGCUUGGCUUAACAGGAAUGAGGCUAAAGCCAAACCUCCCACGAUCAGGCGUGGCUGGUGUUUGUUAUACCUCCUACAGAUGGGCAUAUUCCUGGAGUACGGAGACCUGUUUGUGAAGUUGUGGAGGAGGGAGUUUAUCCGGGUCCGUGGAGUAUCCGUGUUAAAGAACAUGUACAAUCUUCCCAUCCUGCACAUGAUGGGCGCCAUGCUACAGAGCAUCCCCCAGCUGUGUCUGCAGAUCUGCAUCUUCGCCACCACUGGUCAGAAGAUAAGCGCCCUGAAGAAGAUCACUAUGGCGUUGUCGCUGCUGUCUGCUGUCAAGGCAGCUGUCGUACUGCUGUACUACACGUCAUCCCUGAUGGUGGAGAAGCUUACAGGUGGACUUGUAGCCAGAGUGGUGUUGGUCAUCAUCUGGAAACUCAUUGAAAUCAGUGCCCGCGCUCUUGCCAUCGGGCUGUUUGCGUCCGCGUUCAAAGAGUGGGUGGUGGUUCCCAUCGGAGUGCACUGGCUGACGAUGAUGUUCGUGACGUUCUGCACGGAUGAAGAGGACCAAGGUUGCGUAGAGGUGUUCUUCAGCGGUUUGGCCAUGGCUUUAGACACGGCGACGACGAUAAAAACCCUGGAUCACAAGCGCAGGUUCUGGCUGAACACCGUGCUAACGCUGGUCGGGAACGUGGCCAUGGUGUCCGUCUGGGUGUCGCAGAGAGCCGGGAAGGACUGGUUCGACAUGCCGGCGCUGAUGUACGUGGUGUUCGGGUCGGUGAUGGGUGCAGUGAUCGGGGUAGUGGAGAUGGUGAUACGGGGGGAGAUCACGUGCUGCUCUGACGACACCGAGGAUUACGAAAAUGCCAAUGUGAUAACGGCUAACAAGGACCAAGAAGACGGGGAGAAUCCAUCAGACGCGGAAGAAGAAGAAGACACUGUGUAGAAUAUUUACGAUGGGUGCAAUCCAAACCCCAAUUGAAGACUAGUCCUGUCUAUUUGUAAUGACUUUUUAUGUUCUAU